UGUGAAGGGACCUCUGUUAUCGUCUUGGAAAAAACUAAGUAUAUUAUUUGGCUGUAUCUUAUAAUUUCUUGAAUUAGACUGUUCUUUUUUCUCUGUAACAAUAUCGAUCGGUGUGCUUUUCAUGCAUAUAACUUGUUCAAGAGAUGAACUUUUUCUUUUAUUGUUGAUCACUUGGGACCAUUCCAUUUCUUCCACCUCGGAGGGAGUUAAGAGAGGCUCCAUUGUCCUUGAUCUGUCCGAUCCUCCCCCGUAAUCACCGAGGGGGAUCACUCGACACGUGGUGAGAAUCGUACAGUUUUAGGUUAUCGGGUAAGUUGUUUAUUUGUACCAGCCCGUCUGCGAUCAGACGGAUAAAGUAAUUUGAAGAUAUUAGUCCGGAGACAGUUUCCGGCUAGCUGGAACAAUUACGGAUUGUAGAUCUUGCUUCUUUCAGACAAUUUCAAAUACUCAAUCCUGCAAUCGCCAGGUACGCACUCAUAUCACUCGAUCUCCUCGUUUUUUUAGUAGGAAAUCUUAUCUUUUUAACGCCGUCAGUGUAACUCGGUCGCACUUAUACAACGCGAGAUACAGAUUACUAAAUCCAUCUAUUGGAAAAAUAAUGGAUUUCUUUUUACUACAUCUAAUAUAUUAAAUAUUGUUAGUUUUUUAAUUUAGAUGGCAGCACAAUGGCGUUAUAUCAACGCGACCUUGUGUGGCGUUAGUUUACGAAUGCCACACAAGACACAAGGUCGCAUUGACAUAACCUAUAAACGUUACACGACUCGACUUAUGUGCUGUAUAUGCAAGUACUCGUAUUAAGAUAAUCUUAAUACUUAUAGAAAUUAAAACUUUAUAUAUAACUUCUUAUUAUAGCAGAAAAUUAAUCAUCAAGAUGUCAAGUUAUAGUGGAUUUAGUGAGAAACAAAAAGGUGGAAGGAAAAUGUCUUUAGAAUGGAUGCAUGUAUUAAUUGAAAAAAAUAACGAGAAAACAAUAACUAAAUGUAAAUAUUGUGAUUGUGUUCUUAGUCCAAAAAUUGAAAGAAUCAGAACACAUUUAAAGAAAUGCACUAAGUUUAACAAAAAUGAUUCCAAUUCAGACACUGACUCAAACUCAAGUCAUUCAACAUCUGUAGCAACAUCAACAAAAGUAAAUGAAAUAAAACCAUUAGAAAUUAGCUCUUUCAAUACAGUUAAAAAUAGAUCCGAUGACAGUCUUCCUAAAAAACUAAAACGAAAAGGGACAUUGAAUGAUUUCAUAAUUCCAACUACAAAACAACAAAAGAAUCAAUUUGAUGAAGCUUUAGCUGAGUUUUUUUAUGUUUCAAAUCUGGCAUUCGAAAAAGUAGAACAUCCAUCUUUUUGCGAUUUUUGAAUCUUCUUCGUCCAGGAUAUAAUCCGCCUAAUAGAAAGGAAUUAUCAGGACCUUUACUAGACAUCGUGUCCAAAAAAAUUGACCUUAUGAUGACAUCUGAAUUGAUGCAGGAAAGUAGGCCCAUUACAAUUCUGCAGGAUGGAUGGUCGAGCGUGAAAAAUGAUCCAAUAAUUGCCACUUCAAUUCACACAGGCAAACAUUCUUAUUUAUUAAAUACCAUUGAUUGUAAAACGGAAAAAAAGGCCGCAGAGUAUUGUUUGGAAGUUGAUGUCGAUUCAAUAAAAACAUGUGAAGAGAAAUUGGGUAAAAAAGUAUUUGCUAUUUGUACUGAUAAUGAACAUAAAAUGGUUAAAAUAAGAAAAUCUUUACAUGAAAUAUAUCCAAAUAUUAUAACUUAUGGGUGCUCUGCCCAUUAUCUAAAUUUAUUAGAAAAAGAACUUACACCAAAAACAGUAUUAAAACAUAUCGUAGAUAUU